UUCCCAAGCUUAUAUUCUUUCUUUCCCUUGUCCUGUCUCUUUUCAACUUUAAUUCGUUUUGAUUUUAGGGUUUCAGAUCUCUUCUUCUCAGUAACCAAACAGGGCAGUUGAUUUGAGAUGUCGAGGUUCCAUGUUGGUGGAAAAGUAGUGGACAAAGUCGAUUUGCUUAGAAAGAAACACGCAGCAUGGCGAUUAGACGUUUGGCCUUUCGCAAUGCUCUAUCUCCUUUGGUUAACUAUGGUAGUUCCCAGCAUAGAUUUCGUUGAUGCAGCCAUCGUCUUGGGCGGCCUUGCUGUCACACACAUAUUGGUCUUGCUUUUCACCACAUGGUCGGUUGAUUUCAAGUGCUUUGUUCAAUAUAGCAAGGUUAAUAAUAUUCGCCUUGCUGAUGUCUGCAAAGUUACUCCGGCGAAGUUUUGUGGUUCGAAAGAGGUAGUGCCGCUUCAUAUUCGUAAGCAGGCAACAAGUUCUUCAUCUGCGAAAGAUGUGGAGGAGAUUUACUUUGAUUUCAGGAAGCAGUGUUUCAUCUAUUCUGAGGAGGAGGAUACCUUUUGCAAGCUUCCGUAUCCUACGAAGGAAACAUUUGGCUAUUACCUAAAAUGUUCUGGCCAUGGUUCUGAUGCUAAAGUUCUUGCUGCAACUGAAAAAUGGGGCCGGAAUGUAUUCGAAUAUCCACAACCUACUUUUCAGAAAUUAAUGAAAGAGCAUUGCAUGGAGCCCUUUUUUGUCUUUCAGGUCUUCUGUGUUGGUCUUUGGUGUCUGGAUGAGUAUUGGUAUUACAGUUUGUUCACCUUAUUCAUGCUGUUCAUGUUUGAGUCAACAAUGGCAAAAAGUCGGUUGAAGACUUUAAGCGAGUUAAGACGUGUUAGAGUGGACAGCCAGACUCUAAUGGUGCAUCGAUGUGGGAAGUGGGUAAAACUUUCUGGAACAGAUCUAUUGCCUGGAGAUGUUGUCUCCAUUGGUCGGUCAUCUGGUCAAAAUGAAGAAGAUAAGUCUGUUCCAGCAGACAUGCUUAUACUAGCUGGAAGUGCUAUUGUGAAUGAAGCCAUUCUCACAGGCGAGUCUACUCCCCAAUGGAAGGUGUCUAUAGCAGGCAGGGGAAUUGAGGAGAAGCUAUCUGCCAAACGUGACAAGAAUCAUAUGUUGUUUGGUGGGACUAAAAUAUUGCAGCACACAGCUGAUAAGAGCUUCCCCCUGAGAACUCCAGAUGGUGGGUGUUUGGCUGUAGUUCUGCGCACUGGGUUUGAAACAAGUCAAGGGAAACUUAUGAGGACAAUUUUGUUUUCUACAGAGAGGGUUACUGCUAACAGCUGGGAAAGUGGCCUCUUUAUCUUAUUUCUUGUUGUAUUUGCAAUAAUUGCGGCUGGGUAUGUACUUAAAAAGGGGCUGGAAGAUCCUACGAGAAGCAAAUACAAGCUCUUCCUCAGUUGUUCUCUUAUUAUUACUUCUGUGAUUCCCCCAGAGCUACCAAUGGAAUUAUCAAUAGCUGUUAAUACAUCCUUAAUCGCCCUUGCACGCCGUGGAAUAUUUUGCACAGAGCCUUUUCGCAUCCCAUUUGCUGGAAAGGUUGACAUAUGCUGUUUUGAUAAAACUGGAACACUGACAUCUGAUGAUAUGGAAUUCUCUGGAGUUGUUGGGUUAAAUGACAGUUCAGAAUUAGAAUCUGAUAUGACUAAAGUUCCUUCCCGCACUGUUGAGAUUUUGGCUUCUUGUCAUGCCUUGGUAUUUGUAGACAACAAGCUGGUAGGUGAUCCUCUUGAGAAGGCUGCACUAAAAGGAAUUGAUUGGAGUUAUAAAUCUGAUGAGAAGGCUAUUCCAAAAAAAGGUAGUGGCAAUCCUGUGCAGAUUGUGCAGAGGCACCAUUUCGCAUCGCACCUGAAGCGAAUGGCAGUUGUUGUUCGUGUCCAGGAGGACUUUUUUGCUUUCGUCAAGGGUGCACCUGAGACUAUCCAAGAUAGACUCAUUGAUUUGCCUCCAACAUAUGUUGAAACCUACAAGAAAUAUACACGCCAAGGGUCCCGUGUGCUGGCCCUUGCUUACAAGUCUCUUCCAGAUAUGACAGUUAGUGAAGCUAGAAGCAUGGAGAGAGAUACUGUAGAGUGUGGCCUUACAUUUGCUGGUUUUGCGGUAUUUAACUGUCCUAUUAGAGCAGACUCUUCCACUGUUCUAUCUGAAUUAAAGAAUUCUUCACAUGAUUUGGUGAUGAUAACUGGUGACCAAGCCUUAACAGCUUGCCAUGUUGCUGGCCAAGUUAAUAUUGUAUCAAAACCAGCAUUGAUUCUUGUUGCUGUGAAGAAUAGUAAAGGAUAUGAGUGGGUAUCACCGGAUGAAACAGAGAGGAUUCCCUACAGUGAGAACGAGGUUGAAGCUUUAUCUGAGACUCAUGAUCUUUGUAUUGGAGGAGACUGCUUUGAAAUGUUACAACAGACUUCUGCUGUUCUAAGAGUCAUUCCUUUUGUUAAGGUUUUUGCAAGAGUUGCUCCGGAACAGAAAGAACUGAUCAUGACCACUUUCAAGACAGUGGGAAGGUUGACUUUAAUGUGUGGCGACGGGACCAAUGAUGUUGGAGCUCUUAAGCAGGCCCAUGUAGGUGUUGCUCUAUUGAAUGCAGUGCCUCCAACUAAAAGUGAGAGCUCAUCGGGAACAUCUAAAGAUGAAAACACAAAGGCAUUGAAGUCAAAGAAAUCUAAGCCCACUGUAGAAGCAACGGGCAAUUCAGAAGCCUCUUCAAAAGGAAAGGUAGUCCCCAGAUCAGAAUCUAGCAACAAUGCAACCAGUAACCGGCAUCUUAAUGCUGCAGAGAAGCAUCGACAGAAGCUGAAGAAGAUGAUGGAUGAGCUGAAUGAGGAGGGUGAUGGUCGCUCUGCUCCUAUUGUCAAACUGGGGGAUGCCUCAAUGGCAUCACCAUUUACUGCAAAGCAUGCAUCAGUUGCCCCAACCACUGACAUAAUUCGUCAAGGACGCAGCACCCUUGUGACUACCCUUCAAAUGUUCAAGAUACUCGGCCUUAACUGCCUUGCUACAGCCUAUGUUUUAAGUGUGAUGUACUUAGAUGGUGUCAAGCUGGGUGAUGUUCAGGCAACUAUUAGUGGUGUAUUUACAGCUGCAUUUUUCCUGUUUAUCUCACACGCUCGCCCACUACCCACCCUUUCAGCUGCACGGCCCCACCCGAAUAUUUUCUGCUCCUAUGUCUUCCUUUCUCUCAUGGGACAGUUUGCUAUGCACCUGUUAUUCUUGAUCUCUUCUGUGAAAGAGGCUGAGAAACACAUGCCUGAGGAAUGCAUUGAGCCAGAAUCAGAGUUUCACCCUAAUCUAGUGAACACAGUUUCAUACAUGGUGAGCAUGAUGCUUCAGGUAGCAACAUUUGCAGUGAACUACAUGGGUCAUCCUUUCAACCAGAGCAUCCCUGAAAACAAACCAUUCUUGUAUGCUCUUGGAGCUGCUGCCGGUUUCUUUGUGGUUAUAACUUCUGAUCUAUUUAGGGAUUUGAAUGAUUGGUUGAGCUUGGUUCCUUUGCCUGUGGGAUUGAGGGAUAAGCUCUUGCUAUGGGCUCUACUAAUGUUUCUGUGCUGCUAUGCUUGGGAGAGGUUGUUAAGAUGGGCAUUCCCUGGUAAAAUCCCAGCUUGGAGGAAGCGCCAACGUGUGGCUGCUGCUAGUUCUGAGAAGAAGCUGGUCUAAGUGAACAGAGAAUUCUCCCUCUACUAAUGAUUUUGGAAAAGGAUGACACCGGUCAGAUUAUUAUAUUUAGUGAAUUAGCUCAAGAUAUGCAACUCCUCUUUUUUUUAAUUUGAUAUUUGUUAAAUCAUGUUUUGCUUAAUCCUUUAGGACGUGGAAUCUGUUAAAUGGUAUUUUGCUCAUAGAAUGAGGAGGUUAUUCUUUAGGAAAGCAUAAACUUUGAUUUUGUUAUUUUUGCAAAGCCGACUUGAAAGAAUAGUUGUUUCAACACUUAAAGAAAAACAAAUUGUAGUUGAGCUCAUAAGCCAUAGUUUGAUUAGAUUUAUUGAAUUCUACCAAGUUGGAUACAGAAA